AUGGGCGACGUCGUUACUAUCAGAACGAGAAAGGUUCUCACCAACCGCCUUCUUUACAGAAAGCAAAUGGUUGUUGAAGUACUCCACCCUGGCCGUCCUACCGUGCCAAAGACCGAAAUCAAGGAGAAAGUAGCCAAGCUCUACAAGGUUGCUACUGAUUUGGUUAUCCCAUUCGGAUUCAAGUCCCAAAUCGGAGGAGGAAAGACCAAGGGAUUCGCCCUCAUCUAUGAUACCCUUGACUAUGCCAAGAAGUUCGAGCCAACCUUCAGACUUGUCCGCAUGGGUCUUGCUACUAAGGUAGAGAGAGGAGGACGUAAGCAACGUAAGGAAAGAAAGAACCGUCAAAAGAAGGUUCGUGGUACCGCCAAGAACAAGGUCCAAGCCGGAAAGAAGUAA